GAUACUUUGAAAUUCAAUAUGUGAAGCUUGUAUAUACUCAUGUUACUAAGCUGGUACCAAUAAUAUGCAAAAGAAUAUCGCACAUUGCCUACAAUGGAGCCCAUCUACACAUCCUUGACAGAUCGCGCCCGCAACCUGCAACAAAAUACCGAGCGCAACAACUCUUCUGAAUCACAAAAUGUCCCAUGGCGAGCAGUGAUUGCCCUCGCCGGUCCGCCGGGCUCCGGCAAGUCUACCAUAGCAGCAGAGGUCGUCCACCGCCUCAACGCCGGCCGAGUCACGCCGGCCGCUGCCGUGGUGCCUAUGGACGGAUUCCAUUACUCUCGUGCGACUCUGGACAGCUUUCCCAAUGCAGCAGAAGCCUAUGCCAGGCGAGGCGCGGCUUGGACGUUCGAUUCCGCCGGGGUGGUCGCCUUAUUUAAAGCCCUUGAUGCGGGAAAGAUGAUUCCACGGGAGGAGGCGCCGGUUGUGCGAGCACCGAGUUUUGAUCAUGCACUGAAGGAUCCCGUGGCGGAUGACAUUACUAUUCCUUCGAGUGUGACGCUGGUCAUAUUGGAGGGAAAUUGGCUCUUGUACGACGAGGAUCCGUGGCGGAAGAUUGCUGGGAUGGUGGAUGAGACAUGGUUCGUUGACGUCGACAGGGAUAUUGCGCGGAAUAGGGUGGCGAGGAGACAUAUUCGAAGCGGGAUCGAAACAACUUGGAAUGACGCGCUGGCCAGGGCGGAGGACAAUGAUAUACCCAAUGGCGACGAUGUGAGAAGGACACUCAUAAAGCCGCAUGUGACCGUAAAGAGUGUGGAGGAGAAGAGUUUCGAGAGAGAUGAUGAGCUUAUAGGGAAUAACACGGCUGCGGUGCCCGUAGUGUCAUCGGUGAACCGAGUAGGAAGUUGAUCAAUGAAAGCAUUUUUGAUGACUUAAUAUUCAUGGCCUCCAGGGGUUUGAGGCUUUGGAAAGACCAUGAUUAAAACUAAGGUUAAAGAUAAGAUGAUCCGGA